UCCAGAAUUCGAAAUAAGGUCUCGUUAGCCAGGAAAAUUAUUGUCCGGCAACAACUGAGAUUUUGAGCUUUGAAGAAGCAACUGUUGGUUUUCCAGUUGCAGUUCUGUUGAGAGUGUUGCGGGUGAUUCUGGUGGACUAAUCGAUUCGAAUCCUACCAUACCUUAAAGGUUCUCGGAUCGACCAAAAACGCUUUUAAUCAGUAAAUCAGGUUUUAUUAGACUGUUAUUCAAGGUGAAGAAGUAAUCAUGUCGAGGAAAAACAAGGCACCAGAUAUCCAUGUUAGAAGUGGGGUGCUGUCCUGUUUCAACUACAAGAAGAAGAGUCUGCUUCAGAAGGAAGCGUACGAGUUGUCACCGAUAUACUGGAAAUGCUUCCGCCACGGCACCACCGGAAAUGUCCUCCUGCAGGGGUAUCGGAGUGAGGUGUCCCACAAGGACAAACCUCGUGUUUCCAUGGUCGUCAGUGGCUGUACCACUGAACUCCUUCCACCUCUACUCAAGUCUAAAGGCAUCGACUACCCGGGGAACGAUAACUACCUGGGUAUCCAGACCGCGGAAGACAAGAUUGUGUUUCUGAAAGCAGAAGGGAGAUCCCAGCGCGACCUUUGGUAUAAAGACAUCUUGGAAGCACUAGGCGACAAUCCGGGUAAAACGAGUACGAAGGCGAUGACGUCGAUAAUCGAACAACAUUCGACCAAACAGGAGAGACCUCCGAUGCCGUCUUUGGAUGAUAAGAUCGACAAUGACAAUCGUUCCUUAAGUACCAAAGCACAAGCUCCCCGGCCAGGUCAAUCUGAUGUGUACCAUGUACCCUAUGAGGAUUACGAACCAAUGCGUUGCUCUGUUUCUACCGACGACGAUGGAAUAUCUUGGCCCGGUACCAAGCCGUCGCCAUCAACGAGCACAAAACAUGCUUCUCCCAUCAUCUCAGAUGCCGGGGAUGAAGAUGCAUUUGUUUCCGAGCCUGGCGAUAUCGAUGACGAUGGAUACAUCUUUCCCACCAAUCUGGCUAUGAAGAUCAAUGACGUCCACUCUGAAGGGGUCGAAGAGCCACCGUCGGCUGAAACUUUGCAUUCUUCUGCCAAAACAUCACCUUUACAUGGUCCCCGCCUGCCCGAAGCAAAGCCGGUACCGGUGCUACCGGUAACUACAGAGGAUCGGCCAGCCAUUUCGUCCGACUUCAUCGAAAGCCUGAAACAAGCCCAAGAGAGCAAGUCCCGUCCUGCAGACAGUUCACCUGAGAAACCCCGCUAUACCCCUUUAGCUCGACGGACCAAGCCCCCACCAAUCCCAGACAGUCUCCCGAAGGUAGUGAUGCCCAAGGACCUCAAGCAACCAACACCUGAAAUGAAAAGUGCUACAGAGGAGACAGUAUCGCCACCGGUGAAGACACCGUUAAAGGUGCCGGAGGGGGAACAGUGUAGGAAGUCUCGCCGGAAGCCUUUGAAGAUGCCACCUCCAUUGCCUGCUGGAGGGAAUUUAAAGCCCAAGGCCUUUCUAGGGAAUAGCAUCAGCGAUCGGCAGGAAACCUUACCGCAGUUGCCACCAUUCCCCCAGACUAGGAUUCGGCCUAACCAAGGAGACUCCAAUACAAGCUCUUCAGAGACAUCACCUGUCAAACAACCUGUUGCUGAAGCUAAUGAGAAAGUCUAUCAGCUAGUUAGGAGCUUCCGAAGUACACAGAUGUCUCCUGAUGCAAAGUCUAUUGAGAUUUCCAAAGAUCUUUUAGAAGAAAAGGAAUCAUUAUCAGUUACCCUGGUCAAGAGUAUGGUUUACAUCAGUGGAUUUCGGGGUGAGCUAUGUACGACGGAGCUCCUGAUUGGAGAUGAAGUUCAUAAGAUCAAUGGACAGGCUGUCACCUCGGCAGAAGAUACACACAAAUACAUUCAUGAUCACGAUGGGGAUACGGUAACUUUCUCAAUCAAGAAAAUCCCUCACGGUGUGCUGAGCUUCAUCUCAAGAGCGCAGGAACCGUCUCCAGAUCUCAAAAAGCUUGGGCUGACUCUGUCAGGUAACGAAAUUACGAAGUUCGAUUCGGAAGGACUGGUGGCACGAAGUGGUAUCCCUUCUCGGCAAGUUGUCCCUGGUAUCACAAACGGUGGAGAAUUGGUCAACUGGGCACUCACACAGAUAAAUAUGAUACCAAUCUCGGCGAAUGUCACCCCUGCCCAAGUGGAAGACAUUUUAUCCGACUCUGGCAACAAUUUAGCUCUUGUCUUUCAUCCCACUGAUUUCGCAGCAGCCCUCGUACAAUGAUAUCGACUUCAACUGCAGACUAUGAUGACGACGACGAUCAUAAGUCUUAUUUAGGAGUGGAUUCUUUCGGGAUGGGGGGGG